GGGGGACCGGGAAGUCACCAUGUCGAGUCUGCACAAGAGCAGGAUUGCAGAAUUUCAGGAUGUCCUUGGGGAACCCAAGAUUGUUCUGCAGAAGCUCCGUGAACUCUGCUUUAGUGGGAUUCCUUUUGAUGGUGGGCUGCGCUGCCUCUGCUGGAAGAUCCUCUUGAACUACCUCCCUGUGGAGAAGGCCUUAUGGAGCACCUUGCUGAAGAAGCAGAGGGAGCUGUAUUCCCAAUUCGUGAAGGAAAUGAUUAUUCAGCCUGGGAUAGCCAAAGCCAACCUUGGUGUCUCCAGGGAGGAUGUGACCUUAGAGGACCACCCACUCAAUCCGAACCCAGACAGCCGAUGGAACACUUACUUCAAGGACAACGAAGUGCUGCUGCAGAUAGACAAGGAUGUCAGGAGGCUGUACCCUGAUAUGGCAUUCUUCCAGCGCCCAACUGACUACCCUUGCUUGCUAAUCCUGGACCCCCAGAAUGAGUUUGAGACUCUCCGCAAGCGGGUGGAACAGACGACACUCAAGUCACAGACAGUGGCACGAAAUCGGAGUGGAGUCACAAAUGUGAGUUCCCCUCUUAAAACAUCUGCUCCGAAUUCAUUGAGUGAGUAUGAAGUUCUGCCUAAUGGUUGCGAAGCUCACUGGGAAGUGGUAGAACGAAUCCUGUUCAUCUACGCCAAGCUGAAUCCUGGGAUCGCAUAUGUCCAGGGGAUGAAUGAAAUAGUGGGGCCUCUUUACUAUACCUUUGCUACAGAUCCCAACAGUGACUGGAAAGAACAUGCAGAAGCAGAUACAUUUUUCUGCUUCACCAACCUAAUGGCUGAGAUCCGGGACAACUUCAUUAAGAGCCUGGAUGAUUCUCAGUGUGGCAUCACCUACAAGAUGGAGAAGGUUUACUCCACCCUGAAGGAGAAGGAUGUGGAGCUGUACUUGAAACUGCAAGAGCAGAACAUCAAGCCCCAGUUCUUCGCCUUCCGUUGGCUGACGCUGCUGCUGUCCCAAGAGUUCCUGUUGCCAGACGUCAUCCGUAUCUGGGAUUCUCUCUUUGCCGAUGACAACCGCUUUGAUUUUCUAUUGCUUGUCUGUUGCGCCAUGUUGACACUAAUCCGAGAUCAAUUACUGGAAGGGGACUUCACUCUGAACAUGAGGCUGCUACAACAUUAUGGAAGCAUGUGCUCAUGCACAGGAACUUCUGCAUUAGGGGAAGGGACAGGCUGGGACCAGUGGGAUUUCGGUGAGUAUAGAGAGAAGAACGUCUCCAUGUAAAUACAACAUGUCACUUUGACGUCCUGCAUCCGGCUGGUUUGAGUAGCUGCUGGAUUUUGUUCCUUUCUGUCUGCAUCUUACCAUCUCUUUUGGGUGCACAAAAAAAGUCCAGUUUCCUCCUGGUGAGUGGCAGAUGUGGAUUCAAAACAGCAGAGUCUCUUCCAUGGGAAAGAGACUUUAAAAAGCUGGGAUGGGAGAAUGCUAUUGCCGCUGGCUGCUUUGUGCAGUGAGAUUAUUUGCUCUCCAGUAGAGUCUGCCCCAGGAUUGCCUUAUCAAGGAGUUGUCUCCUUGGUGCUGAGUUUACUUGGAAGUUGGAACUAGAUUUGUGGUUUUAAUCAGUGUAGUUCAAAUAAGUCAAACAAGCCUUAUGUUACAGCCUUAGAGCAGGGUCCCUGCUGCUGCUGAGACUGCUCGUCUUGAGCUGUGUUCAGUGCCGCUUCUAUGGAUCAUGCUUCACCCUAAUUCAAAGGCAGAUAUCUAACUUCAAGCAGGCUCAUGAAGUACAAGGGAAAGGCCUCCAGUCCUGUGCUGCAAACAUAGGUGUCUUCAGAGGAGACUUAUUAAUAGGGAUAAUAAUGGUUUUGCUCUUAAACUGUUUUUGAAUAAUAUUACCCAGAACACUCCAAGCCUUCUAUCUAAACCUGGAUAAGCUCUAGUCACGUAAUCUUCAUGUUGUCCUGUGGUACUCUUUGCUGGGAAGUGACUCAAACUCACAGAUCAGAUUAACAUCAAGCCAAUCUCUGGAUGUGAUCUACUGGAGCAAUUCAGUGGGAAUACCUGGUCCCUUGUGAGAAUCCCCUUCCCUAUGGGCAGUUCCUAAAGGAGGGAGAGCCAUGUGCUGUGGGGACAGUAAUACAGAGGGGGAUAUUUAUUAAUGUACUCCAUUCAGAUACAAAGGAUCCGGCCAGGUCUGCAUAAAUUGAGAUUAGUAUAGGGUAACCUGUAGCCUGCAAGUAGUGUUGGAAUGAUCGGAACUCCUGACCCACAGUUCGAGUCAGGGUGAUGGCUAUGGAAAAAACUUGAGUAGCUGAAUAUUCCAGCUGCUGCAAGAGCUCCCAAGCAAAUGCUAACAGGAGGUGCUUUACUCUCCCCGUUAGUGAAGUGCUGGAUCGUCUCUGCAUAGCUGUUAAUGUGGGACUGUUCUGUAUUUAUUUAAGUGUUUUGCAUUAUGUCUCUUUUAUUAGAGGUCAAUUUUUGUGCUUUCUCAGAGGUCUGCUCACCCUGCUGAUGAGACCUAGUAGCAGACUAGCCAUAAUUGUACCAUAACUGGGGGGUUGUCAGCCUUCAGAUGUCAGGUUCAUGCUGUGUUCCAACUCCUAAAGACUGGUCAAAGUUCUGUGUAGCUUAGUGAAUUUCUAGAGGGACAGUUUAUGUUGGUGUUGGGGCUGCUAGCAGCUCUGAUAGUGCCUGACAUUUUUACUCUCGUACUCCUGUGCUGCUUCGGAGUAGCAGUUUCUGUGAACCAGAAUAAAUGUGCCAGUAAAAAGGAUGCAGCAGAGUCUUUCUGCUUGGAGGUGGAGGUGGAAUUUUAAACAAAGUGGUUGAUGGCCUCCCCUUUUACUGAAAUCCUUCCUAUGGGAUAGACUCUUUCCCAUAAGAAACGGGGCGGUUGAGAGAAUACCAUAGCUCUCACAGUUUACGAGCAACGACGGCUGCUCCCCAUGCCUUUUAAUGACUGUCUCUGUUGGGCAGUGGCUGUUCCAAGAGAACAUGUGAUCCAUCUACUGAGCUCCCCUGUGCUAGAGAGGCCAGUACUAACUAGCCUUUUGUAAUUGUAAAGACUAUUGCUGCACACAGGCAUCGAACUGGAUGAUCAGGCCCUUCGGCAAAACUCCCUCUGGAAUCAUUGAGGCUUGCCUGAAUAAGGACUGUAGCAUUGAACCCCAAAAGUGGAAAACUUAUCCAAAAUGCUCUGGCUUCAGAACUGCACAAGAUGUCCUCCAUUAAAAGUCCACCCCCUCCCCCGCCCCAAUCAUUUAUUUAUCUGAAGCUUACACAUGGUCUUUUGAAAUGUUUCAUGGUACCUGGGCUGUGUGGAUCACACUUGCCUUAAAAGGAAUUCCCCCCCCCCCCUCCACGUCAAUAUGGUGAUAGUCAUGGAGUGUAACUUGUUUCUUUUAAUAGUAGAUGAAUAAUGGUGGUAGUCAGAAGAGAAAAAUCUUUAAUACACUCUGAAAUGCUAUGUAGGUUUCUUUACAAUACAUUCAUUUGCGAUAUCAUAAAUUAGGUCUAAAAGUUAAACUUGUGGGUAGAUUGUUUUUCAGUGCACGUGUUAAAUAGAAACCCUUUACAACUGUAGGGGAAGUGAGAAUUUAUUAAGUUUCCUCUUUGGAUUUAAAUAUUCCCCUGCUGUGUCUGCAACUCAAAUGUUGCAGCACUUUGUUGGUGUAUGAGAACUUGAAAGUGACUUUGACUAUCCUCUCUGCUUAUUCAUUCUGAAGGAAGUGAAGAAAGCAGGUGAAUGGCAUGAGUGGUGAAGAGUUGAUCUGUUAAAAAUUUCAGAUGGUUGUCAAGGAAAUGUCUUUUAAACCUGACCACGUCAUUUUUAAAGAAGGGAACUAAAAAAAAUCAAAUGGUAACCUGGUUUAGGGCCAAAGCCAAAUUCUGCUGAAAUCAAUCGAGUCUUCCUGUUGGGAGCUGGAUCAGAUGUUUAAGGAACAGCACCACAGACAUGAGUGAAGAGGCCUGGAACUGAUUCAGUUGUGUAGCCUUCUCCAUUGCUGUAUGAGAUACUUGAUUUUGGGUCUUGCUGCUGUCUUCAAUCUCCCAGCUGGCUGGGAUGCACUGCUUAGGACCGUGUUGUAGAGUCACCACACAAAUCCUGUCCAUUCAUCUUAAGGAGGGACGAGUGGUUCUAAAUGGAAAUCUCUGGAUUGGAGUGGUGGCUGUCACUGAGGAUGAGAACGGAGAGCCUCACCUUUCAGUAAAGGGUUACAAAUGGCACCCCAGCAGAAAACCAAUGGCAGAGAUGCACCUUAGAUGUCUCCCUCAGAAGAAGCUUGUGGCUGUCAGCCCAGACUCCUUAGUUUUUGCUGCUCGUUUUGAUUAAACUCCAUUUUUGGGGGUCUCCUCCUGUUUGAACAUCAUAGGGCUAGAAGGUUUUAUUUAUGAUGGCUUAGUGAGUUGGAGCUGAACGUCUGUAAAUGAAGGAGAUGUUCUCUAGUUGACAGUGAAACAAAAGGUGUGACAGCAUAGAAGAUGUGGGGAGGAGAAUGAGGGGCGCUCCCAUUGUAGUUCCAAAGUCAAGACUAGAGAAUGUGUAACACAUUCUGAUACAAUUUGUGAGGCUGUUUCUUUGUUUCCUACUUGAAAAGGCCUCUCUUCAUUAGUAACCAUAUCCCUUAUUAUUCUUUUAAAACUGUGGGCGGUGAAGGGUUUGCUGUGUUGAUAUUUGAAGGGAGGGAGGCUGUUUAAAGGACUCAUUAAUUUUUUCCAGUGAUACUCUGAGGUUAUAAAAACAGCUGACUCAUUGUAGUAUGGGACUUAUUGUCCGCUUUAUGGAGCAAACGAACACUAUUAGUUGGGAGGAAAAAAUGUAACUGGGAACCUACUGUCAGCCCUUCUGAUUAGUUACCCUAACCCUCAUUCCUCAAAUCAUUUUAAAGCUGGACAGUAUUAACUAGCCCAUUGUCUGGUAUCUUUGUGCAUAUAGUGGCUGCCACAGACCUAUGGGAUAGGAGAAAUCUGAGGUGGGAUUCAUGUCUCCAUAGCCUUCUCUGUGACAGGAGCAGCUGUAAGAAUUUUAAUGCAUAGUUGCUCUUUCUUGAAGUGCUGGGGUGUGUGUGUGGGGGGGGGAGCCAAAUACACAAGUGGAGAUUUAAAUACCUUAAUCACUGAAUUCAUUAGCUGCUCACUGUAUACAAAUAACUCAUCAAGAGCAGGAUCAUUGCCACUUUGGUUGAAGCUUUUCUCCAUCAGGAGGAAAGGCAGGAAACUAAGCUGGAUGAUUCAAGAGAUGGGGAUUGGUCAUAAGGGAGAAGGCCAGCACCCUGUGCCCUCAUACCCUCUCCCUGGAAUCUUGUAGCCUUGGUAACUGGGAGGAAAAAGGAAAUGGGAUAGCAAAGAGUAUAAUCCUGAGGUUGGUCAUCUUUGUCAGGGAAAGGUGGAACUGUUUUUUUCAAAGCAAGUGUUGUUGGCUAGAUUAACUUGUCGCUGGAGUUUUGAGGUCCAAGCUUGAAUUAUUUACAGCUCAGCAAUGGGUGGAGUGAAAGUCAGAAGCUGCUAUAGGUAGCACAGUGGUAUUCAGGAGUACAAGGGCUGUUGCUCCUUUUAACUGAGUAUUUGGUGACUUUUUGUAUGUUUUAGCCAUUUAGAACUUUUUUCUAAAAUGCCCUUUUGCAAAAGGGCAAAUCUGGUGAUUUAUACAAGUUCAAUUUUUUUCCUUUGGCUGUUUAAAAAACAACACACACCUCUCCAAAAAGGUAUGGAGAACACAUCUGUAUGUCAUGCUUUUUCCAGUGUUUAAAGUGCUUUUGUUAAACACUAUUGAUUUUGAUGAAGUUCCCUUCAGCUAAACAGAGGGUUUUGUAUCGAUUGUUAUCUGCUAUCCAUAACAAUAUGAGACUCCCCCUAGCCACAGACUGUGCUCAGAGUUAAAGCUGCUACAUGUGAUAUAUUACAGUAUUUCUAAAUGCCCUCUUCUAUAGUAACUGUGAGGGACGAAACAACAUGUGCUAGUUGGAUGUCAGUAGAACUAAUCUCAGUCCACUGUAUUCUGGGAGUCUGUCAGUAGCACAGGGUUCUGCAUGUAUAAGCUAAAUCUACCCACCACCACUGCUUUAUUCUUUUUCUUAGCAAGAUUAUCCUAUUUGGCUUGUUACUCUGAGCCUUCCUCUAUCUCUUUCUGCAGUACGAUGGUAUCUAGUGGGAUAGGGAGUGGUGGUGGUGUGUUAAAGGAGGUGGUCCAAACUUGAAUUCACAAGGCCCAGAGUGUAUCCUCUGAUUUAUCUACAGGGAACAUGCUUAGCAGGGAACAAGCAUUUGUAGAGAAAGCUGUUGCUUGGCAAUAUUUCGGAGGCUGCACAAAUGUUCCUAACAGGAAGGCCUGCUUAGACCAUAUUAGCUGCUGAGGGUCACUGACUUUGCAGUACAGAUCUAAGCAUCACUGUACAAGCCUGGACAGGUAGAAGCGAAAGCUGUUUUUCUGUUCCCCACCCCGAACCCCCAGGACAGUUGCCACAAAUCCAGUGGAAGGAACAUGCUGGUACCUCUAACUGAAGAAGGGAACAAAAGAUCCCUGAUAUACAAUGCCAUAUUGAAGGCUAGGAGGUGGAUCCUUUACAACACAAAACUGGUCCUGCUGUUUAUUACCUUUGCUUUUUAUUUCUAUAACUUCUCCCGUGAACUACAAUUAUCCAUCUGUAAUGUCUGUAAUUCUUUUUUUCAUAAAUGCUGUUCUGUUGAUUUGUCAUAAUAAAUAUUUUUCUUUGCAAAUA